AUGAUGACUCUAAAGCCGCUCGCUCUGCUCGGGCUCCUAGUCCCAUCUCUAGCUUCUCCUAUUCUUGCCCAGCUGUCUUCGCUCAAUUAUACCCAAAGCCCUGCGCCUGGGGAUUUUGACCACUCACUCUCCGUUCCCGGUUUCCGGUUCCGUCUUGCCAAACCACUCGCUUCAAUCCCUAUUGAUAGAACGGUCCAAAACUACAUAGACUUGAGACGCGUUCCCUACGACGUGCGCAAACCACGUCGCUCUGCGGCGACCUUGUUUGGUCAAGUCCAGCGCAGCAGCGGUGGAAAGGGGUAUGAAAAUGUCACAGCUAUUAAUCACUACGCCGCCGAGUAUGCGGUACAAGCUUCAUUCAACGGGCGGCAAAUGGAUGUUGUUAUUGAUUCAGGGUCUGCAGAUACCUGGGUCAUAGGAUCCAACUUCAGCUGCAAGGGAAGUCUGAAUGAGACCGUAUCAGAUGAUUUAUGUGCUCUCGGCCCUGCAUUCACAGGCAACUUCACUGGGGGGGCUCUACCUAAUAUGCACUUUGCUAUUAAGUACGGGGAUGGCGAAAGCGUACAGGGCCUAUUGGGCAAAAUGGACGUCGAAUUUGCAGGAGUAACGGUUUUCGACCAGGAAAUCGCAAUUGCUAGUCAAGGCACAUGGCACGGUAAUAAUGUUACAUCUGGUAUCCUUGGGCUCGCCUACCCGUCCCUCACCAACGCUUACUGGGGAGAUGACAUUUACGACAAUAGCCAGUUUCUCUCAGUCCAAUAUUCGCCCCUUUUUACAUCGAUGGUUACCAGUGGGUUGACCGCGCCAUAUUGGGCUAUUGCUAUGGCUAGAAACUCGUCCCUUGGUUCCGUGAGCAUCGGCGGAAUGCCACCAGUGGAUAUUAGUAAGAGCGAUCAUGACCAGACCCCUAUUAUCAUUGCGGAUAUGAUCGACCGAGAUAGUACUUCUUGGAAGCCAUCUUUCUAUACCAUCGUACCGACAGCCUUUCGAUUUGGGGGAAUUACGACGGGCGGGCAUUAUCCGUUCAUCUUAGACACUGCUACAUCGUUGAUCUACCUCCCACCAGACCUAGCUGAAAUGGUGAAUGGGAAGUUCGACCCGCCUGCAUCAUACCUCUGGAAUUACGGUGCAUACUUUACAAGCUGCGAUGCUAUUCCCCCAGAUUUUGGGGUCCAGAUUGGAGGGACCACCUUCUGGGUUAAUCCUAAGGAUCUACUAAAUAGGGAGGAGAGGGAUCCUCUAACUAACCUAUGCCAAACUGGAAUCGGCAAUGGAGGUACUGGGCCUUACAUCUUGGGAAUUACAUUUUUGACCAACGUUGUUGCAAUGAUGAAUAUCGGAUCUGGAAAUAUCGAGUUCUGGAGCCACCAGUUCUACUAA